GUAACUCGCUUUGCUCCUCUUCUUUCUCCUGUCCCUUCAUCCGUCUCCGCCCUCCGUCAGCCGGACGAGCUCACUAAUGUUCUGGAGAUCUGCAACAUCGUCUUCACCAGCAUGUUCUCCCUGGAGAUGAUCCUCAAGCUCACCGCGUUCGGCUCCUUCAGCUACCUGAGGAACCCCUACAAUGUCUUCGACGGAAUCAUUGUCAUCAUCAGCGUGUGCGAGAUCGUCGGCCAGUCGGACGGCGGUUUGUCCGUCCUGAGGACCUUCAGGCUGCUCAGGGUGCUGAAGCUGGUGAGGUUCAUGCCAGCUUUGAGGAGGCAGCUGGUGGUCCUCAUGAAGACCAUGGACAAUGUGGCCACGUUCUGCAUGCUGCUCAUGCUCUUCAUCUUCAUCUUCAGCAUCUUGGGGAUGCACAUCUUUGGCUGCAAGUUCAGCCUGAAGACGGAGACCGGCGACACGGUGCCGGACCGGAAGAACUUUGACUCGCUGCUGUGGGCCAUAGUCACCGUAUUCCAGAUCCUGACCCAGGAGGACUGGAAUGCAGUGCUGUACAACGGGAUGGCAGCCACUUCCCCGCUGGCGGCGCUCUACUUCGUGGCCCUCAUGACCUUUGGGAACUACGUCCUCUUCAACCUGCUGGUGGCCAUCCUGGUGGAGGGCUUUCAGGCUGAGGGCGACGCCAAUCGCUCCUAUUCUGAUGACGACUCCAACUUUGACGAGAGCGAGAAACACGACUCCAUCAAGUUGUCUGACCCACGGAUCGGCACGCUGACGCCCAACGGCCACCUGGAGCUGGCGGCCGCCUCGGGGCCCAGGAGCUCCUGCUCGUCGGGGAGGCGAAGCUUCACCCCGGAGUCCAGGCAGAGCAGCGCGAUGAGUCUGGAGCGGCGCUCCCUCUCUCUGGUACUCGAGUCUCUGCAGCUCCACGAGUCACGCAGGGCUUUAAAGGGGAGGUUUAUUAGCUCUUCAUUGCAACAAUCGGUGUGGAAAUCUAUGUGUUCAGACUAAACUGCCAUGCGAUGGAUGAACAAGUAGUCGAUCGUAUUUCAUACUGAGAUAUGGAUCCAAUAGGGUUUGUUUGCCACGAUAUCAACCCCAGAAGAAGGAAGAGGCUGCUUUUAUUUGCUCAUC